AUGAGGCUGUCCGGCGCCUGCACGUGGGCCUUGCUGCUCAGCACAGGUAACGCACGGCCACCAGCCCCUUUCCUGGGCUCCCCCCUUACCCUGGGCCCUGCCGGGGUCGUGCCGGGCUCAGCACAGUUGUUCCAGAGGAGAAUCACCUGCGGCUACUUGGGAGUGUAUAGUGACUGUGGAGGUGUCUUCACAAACCUGACUGGCAGGUUCUACAACUACAUCGGGCCUGAAACACUUUGUGUCUGGACCAUCCAGGUGCACCCAGGUCACAAAAUUCUGCUGGCAUUACCCUACGUCAGCCUCACUUGCAGUGAAGAGUAUUUGGAAAUCGAAAACGGGCCCCCAGGAUCUGGUUCCUAUGGGAAGUUCUGUGAAGGUUUCGGUGUGGUCUAUCGAUCUUCCUCCAACGCCAUGCCCAUCAAGUACUCUAGAAAUGCUGGCCCCCCAGCCUCUUUCUUCCGUGUAUUAAAUUACUAUGGCAAUCCAGGUGGUAAGUAG